UGCUCUUCACAGCUGAACUUUUGUUUCUGACCGAUGUCAUUGCCAAUGCUGUCUCAAUGAGACGAAGUGAGCCGGUCGUAUUGUUAGCAUAAUAAACAAGAUCUCUAAAGAAGAAAGUUUUUUGUCCUCAGACGUGGCAGAAAGUUUGUGGUGUUUUUUUUCCAAAUAAUGGCUAUGCGAAGAGUGCAGUUGGCAGCUUUCAGCAAAAGCUUUCUCAAAGUUGUUCACCCCGUGCCGCACAGUUCAGCUGUUGUAGGAGCAUCACAUUUCUCAUGGAAGAGACAGAGUCCGUCAGGGUGUCAAGCCCCCAGAUGCAAUUCCUGUUUGCUUCACACUUCUACCGUCGUGGGAGCUGGCCACAGCAAGUGGGCAAACAUCAAGCACGUCAAGGCUGCCCAAGACAAGGCUAAGGCUGCUGUAGGCCAAGAUCUUUCCAAGAGAAUUCAGCAUUGUCUUAUUCAGAACCCUGAAACAGAUCCCAAGUUGAACACUGGACUUGCAGCUCUUAUCAAAUCAGCCAGAGCGAACAACAUACCAAACGAUUUGAUUGAGAAGACAGUAGACAGAGUGGUAAAGUUAAGAGACCCAAACUCUAUCACAACAUUUGACGGGCGUGGGCCAGGAAACACGGGCAUCGUGAUCGAGUGUUUCUCAUUGAAACCCCACCACACUAAAGGGCUGUUGCAGGGCAUUGUGAAAAAAUAUGGGUUUAACCUGCAUAAUUCAGGAGCAGACUUGUUUGACCACAAGGGAGUUAUUGAGGUGGAUGUUCCGGAGGAAGAACUAACCACUGCCCAGUCUGACCCAGAUAACUUCAACCUGGACAAGUAUGUCGACAUGGCAAUAGAGGCUGGGGCAGAGGAUGUCACGUUAGAGACGGAAAGUGAGACACCUUAUCUUCAGUUUCUGUGCAGUCCUCAUGAUGUUUUCAAAGUGCAAAAAGUCCUGGAGGACAGCGGGCUCACCGUGAACUCUGGCGAACGUACCUAUAUCCCCAAUCUGAUGGUGCCAGUGUCACAAGAAUUCUUGACGGCGCUCGGAAAAAUGACGGAUAAGUUGGAGACCUUCCCUGAUGUCAUCAAAUAUUACUUUAACAUAGAGCCGGAGGAAAGUAGUUCGUGACAUCCUCUCUUUUCCUAUAGUUCAUGUCGUGAUAAGUGUUUGUGGCGUAAAUGUGAGGCAGUCUGACAAAAUGAGUUACUUUUUGCAAUCCACAAAUGGACAUACAGGCCAAAAAUAGACCCAAGUAAAAAUUUGAGAUUUUUAACCGAUGCCAUUUUUAAAAAGUUAAACAUGUCUUUCAUCAUUUCAUUCUAAUUAAUUGUAAAAACCCACCCCAAUAGAUUUGACUUCCAUCGAGCUAAAAUCCGAGAAGUAGGCCUAAAUCAUUUUGUCAGCACGCCUCAUAAAUGUGUUUUGGCUGUGUGAAUGAUGUCAGAAUAUGCCACUCAGUGACGACUUUUUGUAUUAUUUUCAACUACUACUGUGAUUUAUUGUUCGACUUUCUUUAAAUGAUGGGCUACGUUGACUUGGCUGUUGCUGUCAGUGUUUCUUGAGGUAACGUCACCUACACUGUCUUGCUGCACAUGGUCUUGUCUUCUGCUGAAACAAAUAAUGAUUUGUCUGUUUGCUUACUGGAGUAAAACUUGAGUAAAGAAAAUCACAUUGAUACAGUAGUACUGUAGUGGUCAUUUACUUCAGGGAAAAGGCAAAACAGACUGACAGACACACAGACAGAAGAAAUAAAGAGAAAGAACAGAAAGAGGGAACUACUAGUGGUACCCUCCAGUGACUUGUGUGAAAGAAUGGAUGUGAAUCUACUUGGAAUUCAAAACUUAUAUCGACCAGGUGGUUUCGAUGUUUUCAAAGUUUCUGGUAAGAGUACUGUCAAAAUUGUCGAAAGACCAUUGUCAAGGAGAAAAGUAGUCUCUGCAGACGGGUACACGCCUUGCCCAGUGUCAUUAUAAUGUACAAGGGACUGGUGGGAAGCGAUCAUAUGUGCAGGUGAUUGUCUUGGACAGGUGGUUUUUAGAACAGAUUUUACUGUAUUUACCUGGAUGAACAUUCUGAUGCACUACUGGAUGAUGUGGAUACUUUGAGAUAUUGAAUGGGAGUUUGUUUGUCACAAUCCUAUUGUUCAUUUUGUCUGAUGAAUGUGUGGUAAGUGCAUACAAGACAUUGACUUCGCACGGAAGUGGUAUACGGCAACCUUCAUCAAGACGUCAUAUUAUAGACUUUAAUAUUAAUAAUAGUGACAGUUUAGUCCUAUUGAAUAUUACCAAUGUGUCAUUGUUUUAAGUAUCAAGUUUUGGACAUUAGUUUUGUUAUUUUAAGUUUGUACUUGUUCAGGCUGUAUGUUUUGUGUAUGGCUUCAUGAUUUGUAUGGACAAGUAAGUAAGCUCGCACAUUUUCUGAAAUGUUGGUACAUGAUACUCUUGCUUCAGUCAAAAGUACUGUCUUUAGUAUGUUUUUUGGAUGCUUUGAAAGGUGUGGCUGAAAUGGUCAGGGGAUACAUACUUGUGAACUGAUAUAAUAGUAUGGGCAUGCAAGUAUUUAAUUUGUUCAGAGUACAAUGUAAAUACAAAAAAAUGUAUGACUGCUGCAACAUGCUGUGGAAUCCACUUCAACAGAAAUCUGUGCGAGCGCCAAAUUUUCUUCAUUUAAAUCUGGGCUUUCAUUUCAGAGAAGUUGAUCAAAUAGACCUAUGAACAUCGGGGACUUUAUUUUCUGUCUGUUCACUGUUUUCGGAUUAACUCACUCAGCCCUGGGGCCCAAGAUCCAGUCUGCUGGCUGUACCUAGAGGUUUUAGGCAUAUUUGUAAAAUCAGAAAAAAAUACUAAAUCAAAUCGCUGCUGUAAUAUUUCACUCACAAUUUGUUUAGUUAUUACAUAAUCUAUGUCCGUUUUUCUGAAUUUGAAAACAUUUGAUAGACUGAGAUAUUGCCAUUUGAAAAAGGUCAGCAACAGGUACUAAAAAGUAGCUCAGGAGAAAGACCAAGACUUGUUCACAUAUUCCACUUCAUUACCACGUGCUAAGUUAUUUUCAAUUAUUGGUCAAGCAUGCAACUUUUGCCCUGGUAAUAGUCUGAUUCUUAUAAAGAAAUAGCCUUGGGUCACGUAUAGAGUAUAGUCUGUUCUCAUUGGAUGUGUGUUUACAUUAUUUAGCAGUAGAAAUUACCGAUACUGUCGGGUUCAGGGCCCUGUGCAGAAGUGCGCAACCCGACUUUCUCAGGGUCAGGGCUGAGUGAGUUAACAGUGUUCGGUAUAAGCAAAUGCCACCGUCAAGCUAGUUUCUAAAACAAUGUUUAUAUUUGUUAAGGACUGUUGGAAAAGAUGUCAGUCAAUAUCACUGUAUGAAAUAGCAAAUGGUUUGAGAUCUACAAUAAAUUCAUUUGCUUUCCAGAA